AAUAUUUUCCCCCUUCAUAUGAUGAAAGUUUUAUCUGAAACUUCUUCGAUAAAAUUGAUGGUUAUGAAUUAUUAGGUCGUCUCAAUUUAAAUGCCUCUCCCGGUAUAUAAAUAAUUGUUUGAUUGAAUAAUGUAGGUUUGUUGAGUAAUGAUUAAUAUAGAUGUAUUUGUAUUAUAAAAUAAUUUUAAAUCAGCUGAUUAGAUUUAAAUCAAAUGAAAUUGUCGAAAUAGAUUAAUUACGCAGUUUCUUAUCGUUGCAAAAUUGCAAAAAAAAUGUUGUCAAAAUAUCUAUCAAUUACCCAAUUAACUACUUAUCAAUUUGCAACAACUUUCAUUGCCGAGGUCAUAAGUAAUCAAUCAGUUGACCUAUCUUAAAAUAAAACAUAUUUACUCAUAAUUCUUCUUAUUAAAACAGUUUUCCACGAACAACAACUUUUAUAUACGCACCCAGAAAGUCUAUUACCAUGGUCAGUCACGAAAAUACAAGGUCUAUAUAUUACAAAAUAAUCACGGUGUUAGUGUUAUUCUUUAUGUCUUUUUAAUAACAAGACGUAUUGUUGUUUAGUUUUGUUUAUAAAUUAAAGGAAGAGUUAUAUUAUUAUCUGAAAUAUCGCAAUUUUUUUUAACAAAUUCAACGCUGACCUUUGGGUUUGCAGAUAUAAAUUUGAAAAGAACUGGAAAUUUCGUCUAUUCGUAAAGCAGAAACAUUAAGACUAUGUUACCAAUAAUAUAUUUAGUAUUAAUCUUUAGUUUUUUGAUAUAUUAUUUUAUAAAAUUUAAAGAAAUUCAUAAAAUUCCUGGACCUUCGUUUUUUAAUACAUUCUUUAGAAUUCUUUGGGGAUCUAACAGCUCAAAAGAUGUUUUUAAUCACUUCAAAAAUUUAAAUUCGACGUAUGGAGAUGUAGCUAAAAUAUGGAUAAAUCCAUUAAAACCAACAAUCGUUACAACAAAUUUAAAAUACAUCGAAUAUCUGUUAACUUCUAGCGUUCAUUUAGAUAAAGCUAGAGUAUUCGAUUUUCUUCGACCUUACAUUGGAUUAGGUCUUGCAUCCUCAACAGGCCAACAAUGGAAACUACAUAGAAAAUUACUCAAUCCAGUGUUUCAUACAAAAAUAUUAGAAAAAUAUUUAAAUGAUUCCGAGAAGUAUAAUGAAAAAUUAGUGGAAAAAUUAAAAAAAGAAAAAGGAAAAUUUAUCGAUGUAUUCCCAAUAAUUCAUGAACAUACCAUGAAUGUAUUAUGUGGCACAUUUUUACGUACAAAGAAACAAUCAGUAAUCGGCGAAAAAUAUUUGGAUGCUCGAAGAUAUUUUUAUGGGACAGUUAUACAACGUUUAAUGUCCUUAUUAUGGCAGUACGAAACUUUAUAUAAAUUAACAAAGUCUUAUCAGGAACAAACGAAAAGUUGUAAUAUCCUAAAAGCAUUCUCAAGAACAUUAGUUGAAAGUUAUAAGGAAGAACUUAAAACUCGAUCUUUAAGCGAUUACGUAGAAAAGAAAGAAUUUUUAGAUGUUUUAUUCGAGGACGGUAAUUUUUCGGAAGAAGAAAUUAUGGAUCAAGUUAACACUUUUAUUAUAGCGGGCCACGACACUUCCGAGUCAUUAAUGUCAUUUAUCUUUUUCGAAUUGGCAAGACAUCCUGAAGUUCAAAAGAAUAUACUUGAAGAAUCAAUUUCCAUUUUGGGAAAAGAUAAAAACGUUGAGCCAACUUAUUCUCAAAUCUUACAAAUGAAAUAUUUAGAAGCCACUAUUAAAGAAGUUAUGAGAUUGUAUACUUUAGUUCCAUUACUUGAUAGAAACAUAAAAGAAGACAUCACAAUAGAUGGACGAACGAUUCCUGCGGGUACGGAUAUCACAAUAUGCGCGUACAGUUUACACCGAAAUCCCGACCAUUUUCCGGAACCGGAAAAAUUCGAUCCGGAACGAUUUAUGCCUGGAAACGUCGAAAAGAUUCAUCCAUUCGCCUAUAUUCCUUUUGCGUUGGGACCUCGCAUAUGCAUUGGUAAAACGUUUGCUAUGACCACAAUGAAAGCAACAAUAACAAAAAUAAUAAGAAAUUUUGAAUUGGUAUCUUUAAAUAAAAACGAAAAUCUAGAAGUUACAACAGAAUUCGUUUUAAAACCUUUAAACACGGUUAAUUUAAAAUUUUUGGAAAGAGAAAUUAUUUAGUGUUGUUAAUUAUUAAAUAAAAUUCUUCCUGAAAGAUUUA